UCCCAUAAUAGACUUGUGUAGAGCUGCCACGAACAGUCAACUAGCUAGCCUAGGCUAACCUGAACACUCCUUUGGCAGUUGAUACAUCAAAACAACAGGUACAAUCAUUGAAUCAAAUUACAAUAGCUACAAAAACUGAUAAAUAGCUAGCUGGUGUCAUUAAGCCUUUUAAAGUUAAAUGAAAGCACCGCAGGUGCUGUUGCCGAGGUGGAGGUGUCAAAGCAACUAACAUAAAGCUAUGCAUAAACAGCAAUGUAGCCUCGGUCCACAGGCCGAUUUUUUUUUUAGGCGACCUAGCGUUCAAUUCUAGCGUUAUUUUAGAGACAACUCGGCUGCAUGGGAGCGAUGGAUUUAAGACCUUUUACCCUGACGAUCCUCCUCUGGUUAAACGCCCCUACUCGAACUCUAGGCCGGCUAGAGCACACAGAAUAUUUUCGAUUUUAAUAGCUUUCAAGAGCUGUAGCUCAGUUGGGCAAUGGACUGGUCGGCGUUGAGUACCACCAACCUCUCUGAGCUGCAUAGCCACCAUGAUCUACUAGGAGAGGUGUUCCAGUUCAUCCUGAGCAAUGAUAUACCAGCUCAAGUACAAGACCCUAACCACCUACUCUCAGUGAUGCAGUUGGUGAUACGGAACAAGGGGGCGGAGUUACAUGAGCUGGAGGAGGAGGCGGUCGACCUGGUCGAGCGUCACAAUGUAGUCGAGGCCAACGUGGGCGUCUCAGAGAGGGAACUAGUGGAGAAAAUUGCCCGGCUUGAGAAGGAUCAACGAGCUGGUCAGUUGCUCAUACAAGAUCUCCGUGCACAAGUGGGGGCUACCCCUCAGGCCACCACUCACCAGCUCAGGCGUCUACGUGACGAGAUGGAGGACCUUAGAUUAGAGGCAACAAAAGACAAGAGGUUGUUGAGCCAAGAGAAGGCGGAGUCUCAGCGACUCGUUGAGGAAUUGUCCGCUGAGAGGUUAAAGGUCAGACAGUUGGAGAGAAACGUGACUGAGCUGCAAGUGACUGUGGACGAUUACCAUGAUCAGCUACACAGGUCAAAGGUCAAGAGUGGUGGGCCGGGGGACAACAAUUAUCGACAAAUGAUGAUAGAGAAAGAAGUUGAAUAUUCCAAACUAUUGGAUGACUUUCAGCUGAUGGCUAACUCAUUUGAGGAGACAAAGGACGAAAUGAAGAGUCUGACCGCUCAGUUGGAGGCAGUAAAAGAAGAGAGGAUGAUCCUCGCAGAAGAAAACCAGCAGAUUAGAGAAGCACUUUCUCAUGCGGACGGUCGCUGUGGCGAUGUUGAGGCGUCCAAUCAGCAGCUAGCAUGUCAGGUGGAGGACCUACAGGAGAGGAUCAGUGAGGCAUCUGGUGCAGAAGGGGAGAUCAUGGCACUCGUCAGUAGGAAGGCAAAGGAGUGGGAGGCACUCCUGUCGGCCAAGCAUACUGAGCUGGAGAGGUGUGGUGAGAGGGUGACAGAUUUGGAGGGUCAGUUGAGAGCUGCACAGAGACACUCAGACAAGGCCAGUGCACUCAAGAUGAAGAAGCGUCUCCAGGAUCAAGAUCGACAGCUGGUGUCUCUUCAGCGAGAACUGUCCGAGGCUACAACCACCAUCACUACACUCACAGACCAACUGGAGGGGGUGGGGCAGGUGGGCGUGGCUCACAAGAAGGAGGUCAAAGUGCAGACGCUGGAGAGAGAAUUGGACAUGGAAGUAGAGAGAAGAAAAAAUGCUGAGGUGGGUGUCGGAGAGAAGGACAGAGAACUGGUCAGCCUGAGGAAGAGGGUGUCCGACUAUCAGCAGGGUAUUACCGGACUCAGCGAGGCCGUGGAGGCUAUAAAGAAAAAGAAAAAAGAGCUUGCCAUCAGAGACAGUGAUAUUGCUGCCCUCACUCGAGAGCUGAACAACCUGUCUGACGGGUUGAACCAGUUGAGCGAGGAGAACGAGGCGUUACGAGAGCAACUUGGAUUAGAUCCUAGGCAACAGGUUGACCUUUCACCUCUGAGAUUCCGUAAAAAGAACGAGUUCGAAAAAUUGAAUCAAGAAUACAAACUGCUUUCAAACGAGUUGGAAUGUUUAAAGGAGGAUAACUUGUUGCUACGUAAACAGCUUGUACAAGCACAGGUUGCAGCCGUCCAAUCAGAUUCAAACAAGGGAAGAGUGCGAUUGAGCUCAAGGCCUGGGAAAAAUGAAGCACCAAAUGAAGACAAUACAGAUGGGCUGGUGUCUCGCUUACAAGAGCUGGAGGUCGCUUUAGAAAGAGAGAAAAGUGCCAGACAAGAAGUGGAGAGGGACAGACUCAAGGUCAAAGAGCAGUUGAAAAUAUCAAUGGCUAAAAGCAAAGCGUCUGUACAACCACAAGCAGUGUCACUUCCUCCCACUCCACACCAUCACACAACUCACACCCCCCCAUCAUUGACAGAUCUCAAAGAGCAGCUACAGCAAGCUCAGAGAAGCUCCCAACAACUAACUAGACAACUAUCUGACAAACAGAGAAAGAUUGAUAAUCUAGAAAAACAAUUUCAAGCUCUCAAAGUAUCAAAGACUGGUUACCAGCCCCUCCCACUUCCGGAGGGUCUUUCCCCAAAAUCCAAUGACGUCAUCAACUCCCUCAACGAGCAUCUACUACAUGUGCUGAGUACGCUGAAGCAACGGGAACAGGAAGUGGGUGUGGCACAGGAAGCUCUGGAGAAGUACCAGCGCAAGUUCUCAGUCAUCAUUCAUCAACAAGGUAUUCUGUACCAAGAGUACAGUGAUGCUCGACGCAGCUGGGAGGAAGAAAAAGAGAAACUACUCCAUGAUAAUCGGCAGUUGGCCUCGUGCAGGGAACAGGACCAAGUGCACAUGCAGCAACUCAAGAGUCUGCAGGAGGUGCUCUCUGCUGAUCCAGACGAAACUCGGAGGAAGAUGGCCGACCAAUCACGUAAGAUCACCCUCCUCACAGUGAAUGAGAGAACAAUGAUGAGGAAACUAGCGCUGGCAACGGAGGCCGAGAAACAACUGAGAAAGGACAACUCCAGACUGAGCAGUGACCUGGUGAGACUAGAGAAGGCGGCCACUGAGAGAAUAGGAGAUCUGCAGAGGUGUAAGGAGGCGAGUGUGUUCCAGAUGAGCAGUCUCCAGUCUCAGCUCAGUGAGAGUGUACCCACGGCUCUAUUAGACCAGGCCAAUAGGGAAUACCGGGAAAUGGUCGUCAAGUAUCAGCGACUGCUCCAGCUACAGACUGCCUAUACUGCUAGUGAUGCCAACAGUGAGAGACUGCAGGCUGAAGUGUGUAUGCUGACUGAGCAAUUAGAGUCGGUCAAACAAGAGCUUCAAUCUGAGAAACAGAAGAGCCUUCUCUUGACGGCCUCAUGCAGCCCCAGUGCUGCUAGCCCCUCCCCACACAGUGAGAGGCUGGUCACACUGGAGAUGAAGGAACUGAACGAGAGACAGAGAGCUGACCUCGCCACUACCAGAGUGAGGCAGCUUCAAGCCACCCUUCUCCAGUUAGAGCAAAGAAACAAAUCUUUAGAAGACAAAUUCUCUGAACUAUCUCAACGACUGCUGCAAUCACAAACCACGGAGUCUGAACUGAGAGACCAACUAGCUACUACUCUCACAGAGGAGGAAAAGACGUUGCUGCAAUCUGACGUAUCGAAAUUGAAGGAAUCCGAAAAUCAACUCAAAUUGGAAAAUAGCCAAUUAAAGGAAGUGUCCGAAAUUGCCAGGCAACAAUCAGUUGCCAUGGAAAUGCGGCAGAAAUCACAUGACAUUGAGUUGGUGUCGUUACGACAUCAGUUGCUUGAUCUGCAAAUACAGAACGAUAAUAAAACAGCCCUGGGUAAAGUACACCAUCAACUGGUGGCUCUAGAAAUCAGCGAAGCCAAAGCUUUGAAGAAUCUGGAAGAGAGCAGUCACAAGAUAUCGUUGUUGGAGGCGUCUUUGUUGAGAUGUGAGAUUGAGCGAGAUUCGCUGUGUGAUAGAGUGUGUUCUGUGAGGGCCGUGGGCGUGCACAGGACCAGGCAACUCAGGACCACCGUGCAGGCUCUCAGGAGGCGAUAUGCAGGGUGUGUGCCUUUGGUGGAGCAGGAAAGGUAUGUGGAGCUGGUGGGACGUGUGAGGGCUGACAAACGAGAAGCCGAGAGAUUGAGGGAGGCAGCAAAGAAAAACAUGGAAAAAACCGAAGACAAGUUAGCGGAGCUUGGUUUACAACACUCCAACCUACAAGAAUUGCUAGGAGCAUUGACAGACCGUACCUCGUCGAGUGUGGCUGCUAGACUAACAGAGUGGCACGCUAGACUAGGAGAAACACGACUCAAAGAAAUGAAGACUAAGAGAGAAAAUGGACGACUGAAAGAGAAUGUGAAGCACCUCGAGACUCUCCUCUCUCAGAGUGAGGGAUCCUUCGAUAGACUUGACAGAGAACUUGUGGCAAUCACCAAGGAGUAUGAGAGUGCUCGGGAGAGUUGGGAGGUGAGGGAGGGAGAGUUAGAGCAGCAACUGGAGGAUACAAAGAAAGAGAUCACCUCCAAACCCAAUGUGCCACUCAAAAAACUACACGUUGGUCCUGACCUCCCCAGUCGCUCUAAACCACACGAGAGCAUCGCCCGGAAACUAUUCCACGCUGACAACAGGCCACCAUCACCAGACUCUGAUAUAUCCAGCCAGAACAACAGCUCUACUAAAGACGCUCUACUAGAUAGAGUAGCAGCCACUGCAUACGGAAACCAUACAAACGAUAAGCCCGGUAAAAAUGGUGGGAAACGUGAUCAAAGUCGUUUGGAACGAGCUCUGACUGAAGCACAGCGUGUGUUACUCCUGAGAGAGAGGGAGGUGACAGAGUUACGGUCAGAGCGGAGGGUGGAAGGGGGUGUGUCCAAUGGGGCGGAGCUUCGGGUGUUAGAGGGACGAUUGGAGACGUCUAAUGAGAUGGUGGAGCAACUCAAGACAGAGGUGGUUGAGAAGGACAGACAAGUGACUAAAUAUCAAGACCUCUUACAAAAAGCUCGUCAUGAACUCAAAGACUCGAGUCACGCUCACCAACAAGAACUGGCAGCUGUCAGAAAACAACUCCAAUCUCAGGCUGACUCUGCUGUUAGCCAACUAAGAGAAGCUGCUCUGGAGAUAGCCAACAUUCCCCCACCACCGUCCAGUGGCCUGUCAGAGGAGCAACUGGACAGACUCAGAGAACUAGAGGAGGUGACGGCAGACCAGGAGAGGGGCGUGGUUCAACUGACCAAUCAGGUGGAGGCACUAAAGAGAGAGUUGGAGGACUCUGAGAGGGGCCACCACACACAGCUGAUGAAACUGAGGAAGACAAUGGACGAACUGAGAGGGCAGCAUCGCAAGGAGGUCAAAGAGCUCACAGCCACCAUAUCUGAUCGCUCGACUCGUGCCUCAGAACUAGAGGUGGAACUGGAGGUGUUGGAGGGAGAGCUGUCAGCCGCUCAGCAAGCAGCCAAACAAGCGCCCUCUCGUAGCUUGAAGGGACUCGUGGAGAGACUGCGCGAACAGUUAACACUCAAGGAGAAGCAACAAAGGGCCCUGAGUCAGGCAUUGCUGCAAGUGAGGGCUGACCUGGUGGAGACUGUCCAGCGUACAGUGGAGGGUGUGGCAGACCGGGAGAGACAGGAGAUCAAUGUUAAACUACUAGUGGAGAAAAGAACGACUGUGCUACAGGAGCAAAUGGACAACCUCACUCAAACACUCACUGUUCAAUUGGAAGAAUCUAAAGCAGGAGAGGCAGCAAAAGACGAGGAAAUAACAGUACUCUCGAAGGGAAUGGUAAAGGUCAAAGGGCAACUCCAAAAGGUAGAGGCUGAACUAGAACUGAAGAGGCGUGGCUUGGAACAGUCCAAAAGCCGAGAGAGGAAACUGGCCAAUGAGAUUCACGAGCUUCAUGUUCAACUGGAGCAAAGGUCGCCAGAUGUUGAAGAGUUGCAGAAAAAAAUAAAAGUCCUUCAAGGGAGGCUAGAAAAAGAGAAAUGUCGAGUCAGCGAGGAGAUAUCCCGUGGUACGCAGAGGGUGGUCGGGAAACGAGUCGAUCAAUCUGUGGAAGCGCAAGUAGAGAAUAAGCUUCGUGGUGGCAGUGCGGAGGUGGCUCGUUGGGAAGAAAGCAAGAAAUGGCAAAAGAAGGUGGAGACAUUGCGGACCAAGCUAACAGAGAAACAGAGAGAGUUGGAGCAUGCGCACAGGACAGUGCAGUCACUCAAGGACACUCUAACCAGAUCUGAGAGAGAAAGAAGUAUUCUACAGGGAAAACUGAAGGCUGCUCAGAAAGCCACUGCUGAGUCAGCAAUUGUUCCAUGGAUCGGAGGCGAAGCACAAAAGAAACUGCCGUCUGUUGAGACAGAGUCCCUUUGUAGUCGUAUCUACGAACUGGAAGAGGAGGUUAGUCAUCUGAAGAGAGAGUUGGUGCGAGGGAGAGAGGGGGAACUGUUUGAGACGAGGGGACGUUGUGAGCAGCUGACGAGGACAGUGGAAGCUCUGGAGGAGCAACUAGGGCAGCAGCACCCUGGCAGCUCUCAGCUGAUUGCCCUGAGGGAGAGGGAGGAUGCCUUGAGGGCAGAGCUACUCACAACUCAGAGGGAGAACAUGACUCUAAGGUUUGACUACGAACAAGCUAUCCUGGAGCUACCCAGGCUAAAGAGUCGCCUGAGUGACCAACAGCUGUAUGUUGAGGCACUCCAGAGCUCAGGGGCAGGAGACAAUGUGCGACCAAUUACCAGCAAGAAGGACGGGGGUCAAAGUGCAGCCGAGUUGGAGCGUGUGGUGAGUGCCAUGCGGAGGGUGAUUGAGCGACUACAGACAGAGAACACCUCCCUAAAGAGCCGAGCAAAGGUCAACGGGGUCAAGAGCACCACCCUAACCGCACUGGAGAAAGAGAACAAAAAAUUGAAAUCUGACCUGGCGGAGGCUGUGUCCAGCUCUGGAGGCGGUGUGUCUGUCAGGCUGCCCUCUGCCACCGAGAAGAUUGUCACUGAGAACGACAAACUAAGGAAAGAAAUAAAGAAGGAUCAAGAUCUGAUCAACAAGUUGCAACUGUCCAAUGUAACACUGAAGUUGGAGAACAGUAAACUACAGCAAGAGCACGACUCAAGACACCCUCUCACCACCAGUCAUGAUCAUGAUCACAGCUGUGAGGAACGUGUGGAGUGGCUGCAGACUGAGUUGGAGAAGAAGACGGCCAUGUUGAUGGAGGUCAAGAGAAGCUUGCGAGAAACUGUUGACAGAGAGAGACAAAUCAAGGAGCUAGCCACAGAUACUGAGUUAUCAGAGAAGUUUCUGACAGUGUCCAGAGAGAAGGACGCACUGCAGGAGCAGGUGGCUCAGCUCAAGAAGGAGCUUGAUGCGUUUGACCCGAGCUUUUUUGAGGAGAUCGAGGACCUCAAGUUCAAUUACCAGGAGUGUGUGCGGAGAAAUGUUCAGUUAGAAGAGCAGAUGACUCAGCAGUACGGUGUCACCAUAGAAACAGCGGAGAAUGUGUAAACUGACUGUGUAUAGUUACUAUGAGGCUUAUCACUUAUUUAUUCUCCUAACAUUAUACUGCAUGUAUAUAUUCAACAAUUUUUAUCGUAUUUGUCGUGUCAAAUUCUAAAGAAAGGUGGUAUAAUUAUUAUAAA